CUUCCCUGAACACUCAGCUCGCUCACUGAGCUGCGAAGAACAGCAACUUCGAGUUCGCUGUGAACAAAUUCAAUGGAAGGCAAGCGGAGCACAAAGCGAAAGAGAGCGAAACGCCUCAAAUUUCAGAACGAGAAGGACGAUUCUGCGGCGGUUGAAGAAAUCGAUGAACGCAAAGAAGAAGAAGAGUCUUCUGCUUGUGUUUUUGCCAAGCGCCCAAAAUCUCAGGGCCUCUCCAAAUCCUCCACCUUUCUCGAGAAAAUGAGAGCGAGGUUGUCAGGAGGGCAUUUCAGGAUGAUUAACGAGAAGCUCUACACUUGCACGUAAGAUUAUGCAGUUUCUUCUAUUCACUGCUUCACAAUAGCAAUGGUUAUACUUCUGAGGCGUUAUUUGUUUCUUACAGAAAGGCAUUGGGUUGCCCUUCUCUAAGCAGAUUGUAUAAAGAAACUAGGAAAAAAGUGAGUGCUCGUGGUUGCAACACGAAGUCACUCACUCUUAAACUGCCCUUUAAAAUCCGAACGCCCUAAUGCCCAACGCAUUAUUCAUUUCGGGAGACAAGACUCGCAACAAACUUGUAAACAUUAAUUCCUCAUCAACCCCACUGAUAAGCACCGUUAACUCCACUGAUAAGCACCGUUAACUUCUACGAUUGACGUUUGAUUCAGCGGAGGCGGCUCAAAGCAGCUGUCAAAGAUAAAGCAUAAAACUUAAAUGGAUUCUCGUAUUAUUUUAAAAUGUCUCACAUCGUUAAGAGGCGUAUGAUUUGGUUUACUCACUUUCAAAAGAUACUUUGAAAAAGG